UGCGGCGCCGGUUGGGGCCCCGGUGCGGCGCCGCCCCAUGGAGAACUUCCAGAAGGUGGAGAAGAUCGGCGAGGGCACCUACGGCGUGGUGUACAAGGCGCGCAACAAGGUCACCGGCGAGGUGGUGGCGCUCAAGAAGAUCCGCCUGGACACCGAGACCGAGGGCGUCCCCAGCACAGCCAUCCGCGAGAUCUCCCUGCUCAAGGAGCUCAACCACCCCAACAUCGUCAAGCUGCUCGACGUCAUCCACACGGAGAACAAGCUCUACCUGGUGUUCGAGUUCCUGCACCAGGACCUCAAGAAGUUCAUGGACUCGGCGGCCAUCAGCGGCAUCGCGCUGCCCCUCAUCAAGAGCUACCUGUUCCAGCUGCUGCAGGGCCUGGCCUUCUGCCACUCGCACCGCGUGCUGCACCGCGACCUCAAGCCGCAGAACCUGCUCAUCAACGCCGAGGGCGCCAUCAAGCUGGCCGACUUCGGGCUGGCGCGCGCCUUCGGCGUGCCCGUGCGCACCUACACGCACGAGCAAAUGCUGCACUACGACCCCAACAAGCGGAUCUCGGCCAAGUCAGCGCUCGGCCACCCCUUCUUCCGCGACGUCACCCGCACCGUCCCCUACCUGCGCCUGUGACACCCGCCGCCCGCGCUCAGCCCCGGGCAGG